AUGUAUUUAAAGGAACAAGUCUUAAUUCGUACAUCAACGCAAGCAGAUAAUGUCUAUCAAAAUCAACAACAACAACAAUAUCAUCGUGUUGAAAAGAUCGUAUCUCAAAGUUGUAAUGCUUCAAUCACAAAUACAAGUUCACGUCUUCAUCCACAUACACCAAAUACUGAACCAGUACAUGUUGAUCAUAGAACAGUUGAAAUAGAAACUCUGCUUCAUCCGAAACUUCACAAGAAACUAUGUACACAACAAGCACCAGCAGAAGCUGAAAUUAUUCGAACAAUAAAAUACGUUUUGAUACAUGAAAAUCUUGAUGCACACGGCGAAAUCGUCACUGACUUUGUUCAAGUAAAGUUUAUGAAAAAGAUGGAGCAUUUUGAUGUUUAUUUUGAUUAUGGUGAUGUUCUUCCAUCGAGUACUGGUAAUGCGAAUGCUAUUUUCAACUGUAUCAAUUGA